AUGGGAGUGGAAUCACAUAUGUUUCAUGCUAUGUUCGGGGUAGCAAUGGCGAAGCAACGUGGCCCAGAUCUAGGGCAGAUAAUACGAGGAAAACUCGUCCAUCAAAAUGCAGUCGGAUAUCAUUCGAUAAGGUUCCUCUCGCAACGCGCUCAAGGUGUGAACAAGCCCAACUACAACGUUGGAACAAUUGGGCAUAUUGAUCAUGGGAAGACUACGCUCACCGCAGCCAUUACUCAAGUGUUGAGCAAACAAGAAACCGUUUCCAAUUCUGCUAAACUCCUUGCCGUCGAUGCGCAUAUGGCGCUCCAAUUGAAGAUCAUACAUGGUGCCUACUAA